UCUUCAAACAAAACUCUACUGAAGCAACAAAAUUACAUUUUUCUCUUCCCUCGAAUAUAAUCGUACACCUGUAAACACUACUAAAUUGGGCACAAAUAUUAAGAACUUAAUCAAAGCAAGAAAAACAAAAAGAAUCGGACCGUUCGCGACAAUAUUUCUUCUUAACUAUUUACACAACUGUAACCCCCUGUAUAUAACAUACGCGGGCGGGAAGGAACGGCAUCAAUCGACAAAGUUCCGUCGACCAUGCAGAUCCCAACGCUUCUCGUCAUAUGCUUGCUCGGCAUAUCGGGCUUGGUGCACGCAGGCGUCGAGGAAUUCAAGGCAACCGAGGAGGUGAUCGGCAAAAAGUUAGAAGUCGACCUGUUGAAAAAUGUGGACACUAGCGCGAAACGAAAAGAGAACGGCGCCCCAGUGCUCGGCAAAAACAUAUUCAAAUCCCUGGAGAAGAUCAAGGCGUCGGCAGGCGCGGAUGCUAAAACAUCAGCCGUGGUGAAAGCGUCCGCUCUGGCUCUUGCAGAGGCCUAUUUGCGAGCGUCUGCAUUGUCAGCCGCCGCUUCAGCCAAAGCAGCCGCUGCCCUGAAGAAUGCGCAACAAGCGCAAUUAGUCGCCCAGGAGAAAGCUUUGGCCGCGUUGAAAGCUCAGUCCGAGGAAGAGGCAGCUUCUGCUCGUGCGAACGCAGCAGCCGCCGCGACACAGUCGGCAGUGGAACGCGCUCAAGCCUCCUCCAGGAUAGCAAUGGCCGCCCAAGAUGUAGCCAGCGACUUGCAAAAACGGACCAGUACCAAGGCCGCGGCUGAAGCCGCUGCUACCCUCAGGCAAUCACAGGACGCAGAACAAACCAAAUGGAAUGCCAAAUCUGCCUUGGAAGCCUCCGCCGCUGCAGCUGCCGCAGAAACGACGACUACUGCCUCUUCGGAGGCCGCUAGCGCCGCCGCCAAAAAGGCAGCCGCGAUAGCUUCUGACGCGGAUGGCGCGGAAAGGUCGGCAUCUACCGAGGCACAAUCAGCUGCGAAGAUCGAAAGUGUAGCAGCCGCCGAAGGAUCCGCCAACUCGGCCUCUGAAGAUUCCCACGCCGCGCAAUUGGAAGCUUCUGCCGCGGCGAGAGCCAACGUGGCCGCAGCUAUCGGGGAUGGAGCGAUUUCAGGACUUGGACAGGACGCGGGUGCCGCGGCUCAGUUGCUUGCACAGGCGAAGGCAUUGGCCGAAGUUAGCUCGAAAUCCGAAAAUAUUGAGGAUAAAAAAUUUUGAAGGGGGCAUUUAAUAGGGAUUUGAGUGGAAAUCUUUCUUAGACCACUGAGAAUUUUGAUUGGGAAGAAUAGGAGUUGAUUGUUUGGAUAUGAUUAGAGAACAGGCUGAGAACGGGGCCGAUUAAAAUUAAAAGUAAAACAUUGUCGAAACGAGUUUACCUACGUGAUAAUAAAGAUCCACUAUUUUAGCAAAUA